CUUCCACAGCUGUCAUUGUAUUCCCUUCUGGUAUUCGUUCUUUCUCCGAUGGUUCUCCGGAUCAGUUCUCCUACUAACACUGUUCAGAAAUGUUAUCGUGGCGAACGUUACCUGUUAUUAAGACGCGUUCCUAUAUUCAUGAAAUUUUAUUUCAUGUAUUUUUUAUGCAAUUAAUUUUUAUACAAUAUCUUCUAUCAGAAUCGCUAAUGUGUUGGGAGUGACAAAAUUGAAAAUUAAAGUUUUGUGUAUGUGUGUGUAACUAACUAGAAAUUACCUCCAUAGUUCCUUAUAUUUGUGUCGAAAGCAUUGAAAUUGAAUUGUGUUUUUGUCAAACGAUUUAUUUAAGUUUCCAAAUCAACUAUUAAAAUUAUUUUUAAUCAUAAAUAAAUUAACAAACAAUUGUUACGACAAUGCUUAGUUUAUCAUCUAAGCUUUUGUGACAGAAUGUUUUUCAUCUUGAGAAAAUUGGAUAAUUUUUCUCAUAUUUUAAUAUUGUGGAUUAAACAAGGUGCCUAUUAUAAUUGUGUGUUCAACUAAAAUUGUGAAAAGUAAAUUUUAUCCAUGCACAGGAAAUAUGGAAAAAUAACCGAGACGUUCUAUAAGAAUGGAUCGAAUAGUGAGUAAGAAAUUAUCCUUAAACUCUUUGACGACCGCACCUGCCAUAUUGAAACGGUAAUACUUCGUCGUUGCAGUCUAAGGGGUUUUCUACAAUGAAAGUUUCACUUAAUACAAUGCUAAAUAUUUUGUUUUCUAAGGUGCUAUGAAUGCAAUGGGAGACGUUUCGGCAAAGCCUGUUGAGGAUGAAAUUUCUAGUUCAUUAUCUAAUAGUUCCUCUGGAAAAGAUUUUGGUCAAAGAACCCUAAAAUCUCUCAAAAAUGGUUUGGGUAAAUUAUGGAGGAGACAUCGUGGAAAUGCAUUAAUUACGGAAUAUGAUCCUUGUUAUAAAGUCGCUUAUUUGGGCAAUGUAUUGACGGGAUGGGCCAAAGGGGAAGGUUGUGUAGAAAAACCGGUUUCUACAUUGUGGCGUAAUUAUGUGAGUAACAGUAGACCUGACGUUUUGAUGAGAUUGACGGUAACAAAUGGUGGUUUGACAGCCACAACCAAAGAUCAUGGACUAACAGAAUAUUGGGCCCAUAGAGUUACUUAUUGCACAGCGCCAGAUUUUUAUCCUCGUCUGUUUGUAUGGGUUUACCGCCAUGAAGGGCGCAGAUUAAGACCUGAAUUAAGAUGUCAUGCUGUCUUAUGUUCAAAGGAAUCAACUGCUCGAAGGUUAGCAUCGACUUUAAACUCCAGAUUACACCAAGCACUUCUUGAAUUUCGAAGAGAUAAGGUCUCUAGACAAAAUGCAAGAUUAUCUCUGGCAAAUGCAGUUUACGAAAAUCCAUCUUUGCCACGAAGAAAAAUUCUUUUAAGCACUGGAGGUCAAAAUUAUCGACCGCCUAUGGAAAGAUCAAAAAGUGCUCCAAAAUUGUUUUCUAUUGAGGAGGAUACAAUUGCUGAGGAAAUAGAACAAAAACGCUUAAUAGAAGAGCUAAGAUCUUUACAAAAUGUGGCCCAAACCUGGAAAGACCAAGAAGGAUGGCGGUUGUCAAAAAUUUUAGACGUUCUGAACAAAGGGUCCUCUGAUGAAAACGUCAGUAUAUCGAGUGGUUGUGAAACUUCAAGUACUACUAAUAGUGAUGAAAGAGCUUACAGUUUAGAAGACUCUCAUAUCCCAAAUGAAAAUGAAUUGAAGAAUAAAAGGAAUGGUUUCUUAGGUAACGAUAUACUUCGAAGAAACUCUGAAGGUUCUCAAAAUUUUAUAACAUGUUCUGACAGUCCAUCUCUUCAUAGUGAAUCCGAAAAUAGAAAAAGCUUUUUCUCCAGAAGUGAGGGAGAAGAAUCAACAGAAGAAGAAGAAGACGAAGAAGAAGAAAUUGAACGGCAAAAUUCUCAUCUCUUUGAAUUUGAGGAUGUUGAAGAUUUUGAUGAGAUAGUCGAUUAUAGGCCUCGAGGAGAAAGCUCUAGACCUUUAAAAAAUUUGCAAAAAUCUAAACUUAGUAAAGAAAAAUUCCCUGAAAGUAUAUAUAAAGAUAUUCGUGAUAGAGAAGAUAUGUUCUUUAUUUUAGACGCUUUAGAUGAAGAAGUUGAUAGUGAUGAAAGUGGUUAUGUUGAAGCUCCACCAAAAAUUAAAUAAUGAAAGUCGAUGCAGAAAGUAAUAUUACUGGUUAACGAUAUGUUGCCACAAAAGUAAACACUGGUGAGUUAAUGUUAAAUUUGUUUAUCUCCCAGUGAGAAAUAUAAGGUGUAAUAGACGUUUUUUUAAAUAGAAUGUUGAAAAGUGAUCUACAUUUAGAUUUGGUUUAGAAUUUUCAGACGUAGACAUGAAAGUAAAUAUAUUUUUAUGACGUAUAAAAUUGUUAAAGUAGCAAUCUACAACUAAUAAAAGAGACAUAUUUUUCAAAACUAAUUAUAAAAAUUUUGUUUUAUUUCUUUUUCUCUUAGUGAAAUUUAAUAUACGUUUUCUAAAUUUUAAUGUUUUGGAACUUUCUUUAAGUUAACAAAGUAGAGGAAACUGCAAAUUUCGAUAAAAGAUAAAGCUAUCAUUUGAGAUAUAUUUAAGUUGCUUAUCACGUCACAUUAUUAUUUUAAAUUGCUCCGAGAAGUUAGAAAAUUGGGAUUUUUUGACAUUUUAAUUCUGUUUUUCUCAAAACUGAGAUGUGAUGGAAGAGUUUCAUUUACCGAUUUAUAAUGUAUAGGGAAAAUCCUCUUAUAAUUACUAGCGUUUACUUUUGUGUCAAGAAAAAACUUAAUUUUGUUAUCCAGUGUUUUAUACAAAAAUCAUAGCAUUAAGAAAUAAACCUACAGAAUUUUCUAACAGAAACGGAUAUUUCAGGAUAUCCUAUGGAUAUCUUGGGAAUACCAUUUGGUUUGGGCAAAUUAGGAUGUCCUCAGAUAAAUGAAUAUCCUUAAGACAUUCUGAGUAUCCGGAUGCUGUUAGGUUUAUCAGUAUGGUCACAUCAUAUCAUGCAUGCAAGUAUAACUAACAUUUUUAGAAUUUUACUUAAAAAAAUUCAUAUUUUUAAUUUUCAUUGAGUUGUGAAUGGCGAAAUGCUUCUACAUUCACAGUGACUGCAUGAAAUGGUGUGACCGUACCCUAAUUCGGCUUUACAGAUCUGUAGUACUCAAAAAAAGUUAACACGUAGUUUUUUAGAUGUCAUGGUACACUUUCAAGGGCGGAAACUAUCUGUGAAAGCCCAUGGACAAUCAAUUAGGGUAUCAAAAAAAUAAGUGCAGGGAUGAAAACUUGGUUGAAACAUACAUGAAAAUGUUCUAUCCAAUAGUUUACACAAUUAUUGUUUUGGUCAUAGAUAGAAAUAGAUACUCUUCAUACAAUUGUUUAUUUAUUAUUGGUAGGGUUACGGAAAACAAUGUCAUAAUUAUCUGUAAAUAAAAUAACCUGUUUUUUCUCCAUA